AUGAACUGCUUUCAUGUUUGCUCUGAGCUCCUCUACUCCUCCGUUCACCUGCUCCUUUACUCCUCUACUCCUCCGUUCACCUGCUCCUUUACUCCUCUGCUCCUCUACUCCUCUACUCCUCCGUUCACCUGCUCCUUUACUCCUCUGCUCCUCUACUCCUCUACUACUCCGUUCAACUGCUCCUUUACUCCUCCACUCCUCUACUCCUCCGUUCACCUGCUCCUUUACUCCUCUACUCCUCUACUCCUCCGUUCACCUGCUCCUCUACUCCUCCACUUCUCUACUCCUCCGUUCACCUGCUCCUUUACUCCUCCACUUCUCUACUCCUCCGUUCACCUGCUCCUUUACUCCUCCACUUCUCUACUCCUCCGUUCACCUGCUCCUUUACUCCUCUACUCCUCUACUCCUCCGUUCACCUGCUCCUUUACUCCUCCACUUCUCUACUCCUCCGUUCACCUGCUCCUUUACUCCUCUGCUCCUCUACUCCUCUACUCCUCCGUUCACCUGCUCCUUUACUCCUCUGCUCCUCUACUCCUCCGUUCACCUGCUCCUCUACUCCUCCACUUCUCUACUCCUCCGUUCACCUGCUCCUUUACUCCUCCACUCCUCUACUCCUCCGUUCACCUGCUCCUUUACUCCUCUGCUCCUCUACUCCUCCGUUCACCUGCUCCUUUACUCCUCCACUCCUCUACUCCUCCAUUCACCUGCUCCUUUACUCCUCCGCUCCUCUACUCCUCCAUUCACCUGCUCCUUUACUCCUCCACUCCUCUACUCCUCCGUUCACCUGCUCCUUUACUCCUCCGCUUCUCUACUCCUCCAUUCACCUGCUCCUUUACUCCACCGCUCCUCUACUCCUCCGUUCACCUGCUCCUUUACUCCUCCACUUCUCUACUCCUCCGUUCACCUGCUCCUUUACUCCUCCGCUCCUCUACUCCUCCGUUCACCUGCUCCUUUACUCCUCCACUCCUCUACUCCUCCGUUCACCUGCUCCUUUACUCCUCCACUCCUCUACUCCUCCGUUCACCUGCUCCUUUACUCCUCCACUCCUCUACUCCUCCACUUUCCUACUCCUCUACUGCUCCGUUCACCCGCUCCUUUACUCCUCCACCCCUCUACUCCUCUACUCCUCCGUUCACCUGCUCCUUUACUCCUCCACUCCUCUACUCCUCUGUUCACCUGCUCCUUUACUCCUCCACUCCUCUACUCCUCCACUUCUCUACUCCUCUACUGCUCCAUUCACCAGCUCCUUUACUCCUCCACUCCUCUACUCCUCUACUCCUCCGUUCACCUGCUCCUUUACUCCUCCGCUCCUCUACUCAUCUACUCCUCCGGUCACCUGCUCCUUUACUCCUCCACUUCUCUACUCCUCUAACCCUCCGUUCACCUGCUCCUUUACUCCUCCACUCCUCUACUCCUCCACUUCUCUACUCCUUUGCUCCUCUACUCCUCCAUUUCUUUACUCCUCCACUUCUCUACUUCUCUGCUCCUCUACUCCUCUGUUCACCUGCUCCUUUACUCCUCCACUCCUCUACUCCUCCACUUCCCUACUCCUCUACUGCUCCGUUCACCCGCUCCUUUACUCCUUCACUCCUCUACUUCUCUGCUCCUCUACUCCUCUGUUCACCUGCUCCUUUACUCCUCCGCUUCUCUACUCGUCCACUUCUCUACUCCUCUACUCCUCCGUUCACCCACUCCUUUACUCCUCCGCUCCUCUACUCCUCCGUUCACUCGCUCCUUUACUCCUCCGCUCCUCUACUCCGUUCACCCGCUCCUUUACUCCUCCACUUCUCUACUCCUCCAUUCACCCGCUCCUUUACUCCUCCGCUCCUCUACUCCUCCGUUCACCCGCUCCUUUACUCCUCCACUCCUCUACUCCUCCGUUCACCCGCUCCUUUACUCCUCCACUUCUCUACUCCUCCACUUCUCUACUCCUCCAUUCACCCGCUCCUUUACUCCUCCGCUCCUCUACUCCUCCACUUCUCUACUCCUCUACUCCUCCGUUCCCCCACUCCUUUUCUACUCCUCUACUCCUCCGUUCACCUGCUCCUUUACUCCUCUGCUCCUCUACUCUUCCACUUCUUUACUCCUCUGCUCCUCUACUCCUCCACUUCUGUACUUCUCUACUCCUUCACUUCCCUCCUUAUCUACUCUUUCACUCCUCUAGUCCUGCACUUCUCUACUCCUCCACUCUUCUGCUCCUCGAGUCCUCCAGUUUUCUACUCCUCCAUUCCUCCACUCCUCUACUCCUCUCCUCAGCUCCUUUGUUCUUCUACUCUGAUGCGGAAUUAA